GUUUGUGAACAAUCUUGUCUACUACGGGCUGAGUCUGAACGUGACAAAUUUUGGUCUGGACAUCUACCUGACACAGCUUGCAUUCGGAGCAGUGGAAAUCCCAGCCCGCGUUGGUUGUAUCUUCCUGCUGCAGUGGUUUGGGAGGAAGAAAUCGCAGGCUGUUCUCCUGUUGCUGAGCGGUCUGGUGUGUCUGAUCAUCACCGGCAUCCCUGAAGACCAGCCCAUGGUGACCACCGUCCUGGCCACCAUUGGCAAGUUCACUGCCUCGGCCUCCUUCUCCACCUCCUAUGUCUACUCUGCAGAGCUCUUCCCCACAGUCAUCAGGCAGACCGGUGUGGGGCUGUGCUCGAUGGUGGGGCGGGUGGCAGGGAUCAUCGCCCCGCUGAUCCUCCUCUUGGAGCAGUACCACCGGGCCAUCCCCAUGGCCAUCUUCGGGAGCACCCCUGUGGUGGGGGGGCUGCUCUGCAUCCUGCUACCAGAGACCUGCGGCAUCGACCUGGCAGAUGACACAGGGGAAGGCCGUCCCCCAGCUGAG